UCGAAAGCAGUUGCUAUGGUGACCCGCCGCGCCAGGCUGUUGAGCUCAGCUAAGCUACGAUAAAGUACCCUCCGUAGCGGAGCUGGAGUCGUUUCUCGGCUCUUUUUACCGGGCUGGUUUAUAUUUUAACCACGUUAUAAAACCGAAAGACAUGAGUAGCGAUAUUUUUGUUGCAUUAAAGAGAGUUUAUGACUGAGCAGACCGAGGACACAUGACUUCCGGGAAGGCUCGAGAGAUGGGGGACGUCUUGGCGAGCGAAGCAGAUCUCCUUCUGAUGAUAAAAGAGUACCUGAAGUUCUGUGAGUUUGAGGAGACGGCAAAGAUCUUUGAGAAGGAAUGCAAGAGCAAAGGAAAACCUGUCCCAAAAACACAGAGCAGCCCACCAGCCGACUCCAGGUCCUUAAUCAUUCAGAAGGAUCUCAUCAGCUCAUUUGAGGACGGAGAUAUGAAGGUGUUUUUCGAGCUGUGGGCUGAACACGUUCCCACGGAUAUUCGGGACAGCGACCCGGCCGUUCAGAAACUGGAAUUCUAUUUGCACAUUCACUUCGUUAUCUACCCGCUGAAGAACUCUCUCGGAAGACAGGAUAAAGCUGAGCUUGAUGAGCGAAUCAGCCACUUCAGGCACUACCUGGAGACGCGGGGGGCAGCACUGAGCCAGACCACGGAGUUUCUGCCGUUUUACGCCCUGCCUUUUGUGCCCAAUCCUGCUGCACAUCCGUCCUUUCAGGAACUCUUUCAGGACUCCUGGGCUCCAGAUUUAAGGAAAAGGCUUGAGAAGCUCCUGUCUUUGAUUCUGAAAGCUUCAGCCACGCCACGGCUGCUCACUUUAUACAGAGACAGGCCAAAGAGCAGCAAAGAGAACCUUAAGCAGACGCAGGCACAGCUGGCUGAAGCAGAGAAGAGAGCGUCCUGCUACAUGAGAAGGUUCAGUAAGAUGCAGGCCGACUACCACAACCUCAUCGGAGUGACCGCCGAACUGGUCGACUCGCUCGAGGCCACAGUCAGCGGGAAAAUGAUUUCCCCGGAGUACCUCCAGGGCGUCUGUGUGCGCCUGUUCAGCGGACAGAUGAGACAGAGCGCAGCUCAGAGCAUCGACUUCACCAGACCUGGAACAGGAUAUUACUCUAUGACUCCUUAUGAUGAUGGAUAUGCUUCCUCCAUGUUACGAGCGUCUAUUGCAGCGCAGAGGCCCAAGGAUGUGCCCCUGCUGCCCUCGCUGGAUUACGAGAAGCUAAAAAAUGACCUAAUGACCGGCUCAGACAGACUGAAGGCCCUGCUGCUUCAGGCUCUGCGCUGGAGGCUGACUCGUUCUCUUCAGGGCGAGCAGAGGGACACGGUUCUGCAAGCUUACAUCAGCAAUGAUCUGCUAAACUGCUGCCACACCAAACAGAAGACUGUGCUCCAUCUCGUCAAAUCUAAGAAUGAAAUCGUCCGGCAGUACACGGCUCGGCUCAUCAACGCGUUUGCGUCGCUGUCUGAAGGUCGAAUGUAUCUGUCUCAGUUCCCGCCUCUGCUGAAGCUGCUGGUGGACUGUCUCCACACGGAGGAGAAAGACUCGGUGGCCAGAGAGAACGUGCUGGGGGCACUGCAGAAGCUCAGCCUCAGGCGUGUCCAUCAGUCUACUCUGAUCAGACAGGGGUUAAUUGGCUGGCUGGUGGACGAGCUGCAGGACUCGGACUCUUUAUCCGAUUAUACGCUGGAGUACGCUGUGGCCCUGCUCAUGAACCUGUGCCUCCGCACUCCAGGAAAGAGAAGGUGCACAGAAAGAGCCAAGCAUGUUCUGAAGGUUCUGACGGACCUCCUGGGACACGAGAACCAUGAGAUCCGGCCGUAUGUGAAUGGAGCUCUGUACAGUAUUCUGAGUGUUCCAACAAUUCGACUGGAGGCCAAAGAGAUGAGUAUGGAGGAGAUCCUGCACUGCUACACUAAAGAGGAGAAUCCUGAGCUGAACAGACAGAUCGAGUUCAUCAUCAAACAGCUCAACUCAGAGGAGGAGCCCCAGGAUGAACUGGAGUCAGACGAUGAAGAGGAUGAGGACGGCGACGACGAGGAGGAUGUAAUGGAGGCUGAUUUGGAUAAAGAGGAAGUUCUUCAGCCUCAGCCCAAAGAACUCUCUGGGGAGAACUUGCUGACCUCAGAAUAUCUGGGAAUCAUGACGAACAUGGUGAAGGAGAAGAGGAGGUGGAAUGGUCCAUCAGCUCAGAGCACAGAUGAACCGCUCCAAAGACCCGUCACUCCCAGCUCACACCGAAACACCAUGGAUUCUCGAGCUGUUCGCGAUGUAACUGACCCCUCCAGCCCGUUUCACUCCCCGUUCCCCUCCCGGCCCCCAACACGCACAGGCAGCCGCCCGAGCACCAGUGACUCCACCCACCGCACUCUGGACUCUGAUUGCUGGCGUUCGUCACAGGAGUCUUUGGGGCCGCCCGACAUACACAACACUAAUGGUCACUCACAAAGCGACCUCAUCCCCGGCUUAGCGAGCCGACCCAAGAUUCCUCGCUCUCCCGGCAGUGAUGCAGGGCGACCCAGGCUGCCCCCACUCGGCCCCAAAUUCUCCCACAGCGAGCCCCAGCAGAGCAGCAGACCCAACAGCGCCGGGCACAGCGCACACAGUAGCCAGUCCAGCAGGAAGUGAAACGGGACCCUUCGGGCAGGUGAAGCGAAUGCGAAUCUCCUGAGGAGCGUCCAGCUUCCUGUAAUGCCAUCCAGCCGUCUUAUCAGGGUCAGUGCCGCGCGGCCGGGGGGACGCAGAGCGAACAAAGUACCCGAUUGUGGCCGCCGCGCUCUUUCGCCCCGCUCCGUAACCCAACACGCUCCAGCAAUAAUCACAACAAGCACUUUUAUUCUCGUCCAGCUCUCGUCAGGAGAACGCUGGACCCGCCAUCUGCGCUCUCGGCCGCCGCCGCUGCACUUUAUUAGAGGCAGACGCUUCUGUAAGGCUUCCGUUCAGAAUCCAUUGCUGUAGGACUUCGUUGUUGUUUACAUUGUUUUUGUUGUUUAUGGUACAUUUUUCUUGCUAUUCUUGUGUUUUUUUUGUUUUGUUUUAUUGUUCUCGUGGCUUCUUUGUGCUUGUUGGAAUGAAGUAGGUCUGGAAAAACUGUAAAUGUCCUUUGAAGAUUUUUCUUCAGUUCUGCCUGGCUAGUUUUGAGCUAUCUCUCGGUUUUGUGUUUCAGCCUCGGGGCCCCGAUUCCCUGCCCAUGUGUCUUUUCACCUGACUCGGGUCAUGAAGGGCUCAGAAAUGAGACACUGAGCUGAAUCAGGUCUGUUAGCAGGUAAAACACUAAAACGAGGUUUGCAGGAUCAUUAAUGGGUGUUUUGUAAAGAAGAAGCACCUGCAGGUUCAAAGCUUAGACGUCUGCGGACGCGUGACGUCCAUAAAGGGAAUUCUGUGUCUAAGCUGUUUUUCGUCCCUGGGAAAAAAUGAACGGCAUUUUCAAACAUCCCUCUGUGGUAAACUCAAACGCUGCGUAAGCUUUUCUCCUGUACGUCUCUGUAUCCGCUGAAUAUUGAGGUUGUUAAAGAGUCCAAAUCCUAGUGAUGCUGCAUACAGUCGUAUGACCCCUGGUCAAAUUCGAAGUUCCAUGGUUUUCGAGUAAAGUUGGCACACUUUACAAAUUUUAAUACACAAUGAAGUGUUUAUUUAUGAAUCUGACACAUCGGGGGGGGAAUAUAGGAUAUUAUGCAAACUGUAUGGCAUAUUUUAUAUUUUAUGUUUUUUUUCCAGCUUGUUACACAGCAGAUAAACCGGAGUUGUGUAUUAAAACGUGUCUCUGUAGAGGAUGCGUAAUUAUUUACGUUUAGAAAAUCAGCUAUAUCGAAUUUGACGAGGGGUAUUUAAUAUUUAAGCGAGCCGAGUUAUGAGUUAACUGAGAAACAAGCCAAGAACGUGAUGCAUUACUGUGAGUUUUAAAGGGUUUUGUUUGUUUCUUGGUAGCGGAGGUUCUGAAUAAAAACUGAACCGUUCACCAUCAGCUCCUCACCACAAAUUCAAACACUCUAGAAGUUGUUUUUAAUGAAGUUUUGGCAGAGGUCAUUAUUUGCUUGUUAAACCUGUUAACGUUUUAUUAGGAAAAGAGUCUGAGGACUUACUAUUGAGUGUUGUGGGCGGGGUCAGCCCAGGGGUCGCAGACCAAAUGUUAAGAAGAGCCGUUUUGUUCCUGCAGUAAAAAUCAAACCACCUUGGGAGCCACGUUUUAUAUCCAUUUACCAUCUUGGCUGUGAAUAUGUCUCUGUAUGUGCUGAUGUGCUAAU